AUGGAAAUCAGUGCUGACGUCUCAUACUCUGUCCCUUCAGCUCCUGUGACUCUGGACCCAAACACAGCACAUCCCAACCUCUCACUGUCUGAGGAUCUGACCAGUGUGAGACUCAGUGAUGAGAGACAGCAGGUUCCUGAUAAUCCAGAGAGAUUUGAUGGGGGGCGGUGUGUGCUGGGCUCUGAGGGAUUCAGCUCAGGGAGACACUGCUGGGAUGUAGAAGUGGGGGGUGAGGCCUGGGUGGUGGGUGUGGCUAAAGAGUCCAUCAGCAGGAAUGGGGCUGUGAGGCUGAGCCCAGCAGCAGGAGUAUGGAGUAUACUGCGGCACUCUCGGCGUUAUGAAGCCCUGACCUCCCCACCUACAGCCCUCACUGUGCAGAGGGAACUCCAGAGGGUCAGAGUGCAGCUGGACUGGGACAGGGGGGAGGUGUCAUUCUCUGACCCCAGUGACAACACUCCUCUCUACACUUUUAAACACUCCUUCACUGAGAGAGUGUUUCCGUUCUUCCGUCCUGGUUCUCUGCAGAUCUGUCCACUGAAGGAGAAGGUGUCUGUAAGAGUGGAAUAGUGCUGUGGUUUGUGGGCAUGGAUCAGGUGAACAGACUGCUUCUUUCACUUUGACAAGAGUAUAUUUGCAGAUAAAAAUGUAUUUUGCAAUAUUUUAUUUAAUCAAUUAAACAAUAAAGAUCCAUGUCUGCAGCAGUUCAUGAUAAAUGUAUCUUUGUAACCGCAUGAUAUCAAUGUUGCAGUUAUGCAUUGGCUUGUGUGUAAUCAGUUGAAUUGUAAUAAAUGCACCAGUGGAAUCA